AAGAAAAGAUCUAGAGCAUCAUUCUCACAUGGUCAGGUGUACGAAUUAGAACGCAGAUUUCGCCAUCAGCGGUAUUUAUCAGGACCAGAGAGAGCAGACCUAGCCCAGGCACUGAAACUUACAGAAACACAAAUUAAAAUCUGGUUUCAGAAUCGUAGAUAUAAAACAAAACGAAGACAA